GAGAUGGAGACUUUUAUCAACAAUGAAGAUUUCUUUUCUUUCUAACGAAGCUGUUUGUUUUGUUCUUAACCCCUUAACAUUCUAACAAAUCAUUGAUUUUUUUAAAUAACAUUUUAAAAAAUAAAUAUAUAUAUUUUCCUGACGAAUCGAGUUCACAAUUUAUUUAUUUAUUUUAUUUAUUUAGACAGCAGGAGAAUAUUUCUGUACGUUAAUAAUAGGUUAGUACACGAUAUCAGCACUUCUAAGGGAAAUAUCCUACAUGACACGUUUCAUUCUAAACACCACACAAUAUACUGAGAGGGAAAAGAAUAAGAAGAAGUAAAAAAAAAAAAAAAAAAAAAAGCUCAUUUCCGGUGUCUCAAUCAGUCGUCGCGGAUCGAUUGGUUUUCUCUUGAGGGAUGAAAGUAAAAGCCCCAUCAGUCAGAAAGGCUGGACUUUUUCCCCAGUAAAGAACCACGCAGGAUAAAAGGGGCUGGAAACUUGGCGCUCCAUCACUCGCGUCUUUUACGCGCGUCCUCCGGGGUUCAGCGUUUCUCCUUCACUCGCUUGAGUUUGUCAGCAAUCAUGGACCUUAGAGGAGAAACCGAUGAUGACAAUGUGGACUGUGAGCGACCGGCGCCUAUUGAGGUUUUCGCGAGCAGGUCCACGCUUCACGGCAUCGCCCACAUGUUCACUUAUGAGCGCCUGUGCGUGAGACGCUGCCUGUGGAUUAUCUUCUUCGCCGGUUCGCUCUCCUUCCUCGUGUUCGUGUGCGCGGACCGUGUGCGCUUCUACCUACAGUACCCACACGUGACCAAGCUGGACGAGAUCUCGACCCCGAUGAUGACUUUCCCUGCUGUGACCUUCUGCAACCUCAACUCCUUCCGCUUCAGCCGCGUCACGCGCAAUGACCUGUACCAUGCGGGAGAGCUGCUCGCGCUGCUCAAUGGCAGAUAUGAGAUUCGGGACACUCACCUGGUAGAGGAGAGCGUUCUGGAGACCCUGAAAGUCAAGGCUGAUUUUCUGACCUUCAAACCACGCCCUUUCAACAUGCGCGAGUUCUACGAUCGAACCGGCCACGACAUCAAGGACAUGCUGCUCUCCUGCUACUACCGUGGGGACAAGUGCAGCGCUGAGGACUUUAAAGUGAGAACCGUCUGAGAUGUCGUGAUGAUAUUGUACUACCUACACUUCUCCUUUGAACGCUGAUGGAGGCAGCUCUGUAGAUCAGUGAAUCUCUGCUGGAGGUUGCAGCAAUAAGUGAACUUUACUUUUCCCUGCCAGUCCGCUAAAAGCGGGUUAAACUGUGAAAGUGCUGAUGUUUUUUUUUUUUUGUUUUGUUUUGUUUCCAAUCAAGUGUUGUUCAUGUAAAUGAACCUGGCCUAGAAAUGAUGCUCUUUAGAAUGUGCUAUUGAGUUAAUGGUGAGGUCAAGAGAAAGUCCAAAGCAUUAAUUAUGUGUCACCACACCGGCAACAAUACAGACACCAGCGAUGGAAAUUUCUAUUAAACCUAUUCAUGUCUGUGU